AUCAGCUUUUGUGAGAAAGAUCAAAAAGGGCUUGAGGUUUUUCUUCGCAGCCUCCCCUUGCCUCUCCCCCUCUCGCUUUAUCUCCUCGUUUGUGUGUGCAGGCGAGCUUCUUGGCCUGCGGGCAGGAAGAGAUGGCAGCGGGAGAGACGCAGCUCUACGCCAAGGUCUCCAACAAGCUCAAGGGCCGCAGCACCCCCUUGCUCCUGGAGCCCCUCCUGGCCAUGGGCUUCCCGGUGCAUACCUCGCUGAAAGCGCUGGCAGCCACGGGCAGGAAGACAGCGGAAGAGGCCUUGGCCUGGCUGCAUGGUCAUUGCAAUGACCCUUCCCUAGACGACCCCAUCCCCCAGGAGUAUGCCCUUUUCCUCUGUCCAACGGGGCCCCUGCUGGAAAAACUUCAAGAGUUCUGGAGAGAGAGCAGGCGCCAGUGUGCAAAGAACAGAGCUCAUGAGGUCUUCCCACACGUGACACUCUGUGACUUCUUCACGUGUGAAGACCAGAAGGUGGAGUGUCUGUACGAGGCACUGAAGAGAGCUGGAGACAGGCUCCUGGGCUCCUUCCCCACGGCUGUGCCCCUGGCUCUCCACUCCUCCAUCAGCUACCUCGGCUUCUUCGUCAACGGCAGCCCCGCAGACGUCAUCCGGGAAUUCGCCAUGACCUUUGCCACAGAAGCAUCUCUCUUAGCAGACUGUACCGUGAAGCCGUGCACCAAGCAGCUGCAUCUGACCUUGGCCCACAAGUUCUACCCCCACCAUCAGAGGACGCUGGAGCAGCUGGCCAGAGCCAUCCCCCUGGGCCACAGCUGCCAGUGGACGGCAGCCCUCUACUCCCGAGACAUGCGCUUCGUGCACUACCAGACCCUGAGAGCCCUCUUCCAGUACCAACCCCAGAAUGCGGACGAGCUGACACUAAGUCCUGGCGACUACAUCUUUGUGGACCCCACACAGCAGGACGAAGCCAGCGAGGGCUGGGUGAUUGGGAUCUCACAGCGGACGGGCUGCCGGGGCUUCCUGCCGGAAAACUACACAGACCGAGCCAGCGAGUCUGACACCUGGGUUAAGCACAGGACGUACACCUUCAGUCUAGCUGCGGACCUGAACUCCAGAAAGGACGGGGAAGCCAGCAGCAGAUGCAGUGGGGAGUUUCUUUCACAAACAGCCCGGAGUCUCAGCAGCAUACAGGCCUUGCAGGCCACAGUUGCAAGGAAGAGCGUGCUGGUGGUUCGCCACGGGGAGAGGGUGGAUCAGAUCUUCGGGAAGUCAUGGCUGCAGCAAUGCUCCACCCCCGACGGGAAAUACUACAGGCCAGACCUGAACUUCCCUUGCAGUCUGCCCAGACGGAGUCGUGGGAUCAAAGACUUUGAAAAUGAUCCCCCAUUAUCAUCGUGUGGCAUUUUCCAGUCCAGAAUUGCAGGGGAUGCACUACUGGACAGCGGUAUCAGAAUCAGCUCUGUGUUCGCCUCCCCAGCCCUCCGCUGUGUGCAGACGGCCAAACUCAUCCUGGAAGAACUCAAACUGGAGAAAAAAAUCAAGAUACGAGUGGAACCUGGAAUAUUUGAAUGGACAAAAUGGGAAGCUGGCAAAACCACCCCAACCCUCAUGAGCCUGGAAGAGCUGAGAGAGGCGAAUUUCAACGUCGACACUGAUUACAGGCCCGCGUUUCCCCUGUCGGCCCUCAUGCCGGCGGAGAGCUACCAGGAGUACGUGGACAGGUGCACAGCGAGCGUGCUGCAAAUCGUCAACACCCGUCUGCAGGACACAGGCGUCAUCCUGAUUGUGAGUCACGGCUCCACGCUGGAUUCCUGCACGCGCCCACUGCUGGGGCUGCCGCCCCGGGAGUGCGGGGAUUUUGCCCAGCUCGUGAGAAAGAUCCCUUCCCUGGGCAUGUGCUUCUGUGAAGAAAAUAAAGAGGAAGGAAAAUGGGAGCUGGUCAACCCACCAGUGAAGACCCUGACCCAUGGGGCGAAUGCAGCAUUUAACUGGAGGAACUGGAUCUCAGGCAACUGAGAGCCACGGUGACGUUCUCAUCACCUCAGAGUGGACAGGCAGAAACCACGUGCAGAGGCUGGGAGACGCUGCUCUUUCCAAGGUGUCUCAGUCUCACCCAGUGUGAUUUGUAGAAGCACAGGACGCACUUUUAUGUUCCAGAGUAUUUCCUGCCAGCUUUCACCUCUGUGACGCCCAUCCAUGGACCCGUCGUCCACCAGCCCAGCUGUGGGGGGCCCAGGGCGGAUGGCUGGGUGAGGACGCCACCCCGCGGCAGGGGCACCGAGUGUCUGCAGCCGGGGAAACAACCACCUGGGACUCUAACUUCACACACGAAGGAUCCAGCCACUUCAUUUUCUAUGGUCUGAUCACUAAAUUCCCAAUCAUCUUUUCUUUUUCUAUUCCCAUCACUCUUCAGCCAUAUCCACAUAGGCUAAAACAGGUGUAAUCGUCAAUAAAAUGGUCCCAGAAACCUGUCUACCAGAUCAAA